GUCGACCAAUCAGCGCUCAGUAUAGAUGGAACGCCCAAUCAUUCAUAGAAUCGAGUAAAUGACGAUGAUUGGUCAAAUAGCCAGCAGAAAAAAACUGCUUCACACGAAAUCAACCAAUGGGAUGAGAGAAUGAAGCAGUGGGUUCGGCCUAGGUAUUCACAUGGUUUCUGUGAAGGUCGCUGGGUAUAGAGAGGCGGCUGUGGGUUCCACUUUAUUCCGAGGACUCCUGCUGUGAGGUAGGCCUUAGCCGUUUAUGGUUAUUUACAGAGAACAUGAUAUGAAGAACCAAAGAUGGAGACAGCUGACCAGAGCAGGGGGCACACCGGGCAAGCUGGCCCCUUGUAGUUCUGUUGGCAUAAUACUGACUGUGAAUGACAGGACCCGGGUAAUUAUAUCGGCAUGUACCCGAAUAACUGCGGCAGCCGCUGGUAGUUUACUUAACAUUCUCCUGAUAAUUUGAAUAACAGCCCCCUGGUAGUUUACUUAACAUUCUCCUAAAAAUUUGAGUGACAGCCCCCUGGUAGUUCAAUAGGCAUGCAUCUAACUGUGGCAGACCCCUGGUAGAUCAAUAGGCAUGGAUCUAACAGUGACAGCCCCCUGGUAGUUUUAAUAGGCAUGGAUCUAACAGUGACAGCCCCCUGGUAGAUCAAUAGGCAUGGAUCUAACAGUGAGAGCCCCCUGGUAGAUAAAUAGGCAUGGAUCUAACAGUGACAGCCCCCUGGUAGUUUUAAUAGGCAUGGAUCUAACAGUAACAGCCCCCCUGGUAGUUCAAUAGGCAUGGAUCUAACAGUGACAGCCCCCUGGUAGAUCAAUAGGCAUGGAUCUAGCAGUGACAGCCCCCUGGUAGAUCAAUAGGCAUGGAUCUAACAGUGAGAGCCCCCUGGCAGUUCAAUAGGCAUGGAUCUAACAGUGAGAGCCCCCUGGCAGUUCAAUAGGCAUGCACCUAGCAGUGACAGCUUCCUGGUAGUUCAAUAGGCAUACAUCUAACAGUGACAGUCCCCUGGUAGUCUAAUAGGCAUGCAUCUAACACCUUACAGUGACAACCCUGUGACUAUUAGUGACAGUCCCAUGGUAGUUUAGUUGGCAUAUUGAUGGUAUACCCUCAAAAAGAUGGGUUCAAUAUAACACAAGGCCGUCCAGGCGGCUCUGAGUCUUGGAGAUAAUUGAGUCAGAUCUCGGUUAAACGACUUAUGUCCCAGACACAGAAAGCUAGCGCGCGUGCGCGUGAAUGGUAGUUUUUGUUAGGGUGUCACUGGUAUGAUUGAUAGUUGUAACAGGGGGACAGGUUUCAGGCUUGAGGACCAGAGCUGAACCUGCAUCUACAUUCGUUCAAUAUGUCUGCAAGACUCUGUGAAGCAAUGUCCAGGAGUCCUUUUGCUUGCUCCUUUCUUCAACUACACUCAUCCAUUCACUUAAGAGAUCGUUGAAUAGCUCUUUGGUAUCUCUCCCUAAACACAAGAUAAUAUUUGGUUGAAGUAAUACAUAUUUUAUUUAAGUCCACAUCUGUUUAUAUAGGAACACACAAGGGGAGGACAAAACAUAGUGUGUGCUGGGUCCAGGCUGCCCCAUCUACAAUGUGAAACCCCUGGCAGCUUACACAAAGCCACUAGACCACAAGGGAUAAUAAUGUCCCCCUCCCUGGCCACAGGUAAAAGGCAGGGAGGAGGCAAUAAAAAUUAUUAUAGAUCGCUAUUAGCCCUAAUAGGGACGUAUUAGCCGCGAGGCAAACAAGGCAUUUGCCUAGGACAGCACAAAACCAGGAUACACCACUGGCUGCCCCACCACGAUAUUCAAUAUCGUCCCUUAAAAUUUUAUAUCGGACGAUUCCAUCCAUAUAUAUAUAAUAUUUCGUAUUCACAAUAUGAAAUAUUAAUGGGGCUGUCAGCAAGUUAUUUUAGUAUAUUAAAAACUAUGUAGAGGUGGGAGAAAACAAUUGAAAUGUUGAGCAAGUUGUAUGGCAGAAUGGUGAGAAAAGCAGUUGAAAAGAGUCUGCACAGCAUAAUAAAUGAGACAGGAAGAGCGCUUUGCAUUGAUGGGGAAUAAAGAUAGAAUAUCUGGGUAUUUGAUUAAAAAGUGCUUUUGGUACAGACCAGGUGGAAGGUAAUGGACCAUGGGACAAAAAUUGCAUAUGGUGUCAUCAGAAAGCGAUGAGUUUAAAGAGGGUCAGCAUACUCAAAAUGUUGAAAAUUGCCAUUGUAAGUCCAUGAUUCUCUCCCCAUCAUGUAGUUUCAUGGGUCUCUAGAGAAGAUGUCAAUGAGUUAUUUUGUUUUUGAUCCAGCAAAAAAAGUUGUUGUAUUAUUAGUUUUGUAAAGGAGAAUAACCUGGUGUUAGAUUAUCUGUCAGAGGAAUACUCUAAAAAGACAAAUGCACUUGCCCUUAUUGAUUAAAUUUACUCACAAAUGGUAAGCUAUGCUUUACAUGGUUGUACGGAUGGAUGUGCCUUUUUUAAGCAUUUUUAACAAAAAUGUGCUAGUCGCCUUAGAAAUGAGAUUGCCUGGCUAAUCAUUCUUACAUGACCAUAUAGUGGUAUUUGUGAUAGAUGACAUUGGUAAUAAAAGUGUUUGGAUUAAUCUGAUUCAGGUCAUGCAGUCAUGAUAUCAAUUUUUUUUUUUUUUUUUGCGUUCUUCUAGCCAUGUCUAAAGCUUCUCGUGCCGUCAAAACCGUAAAGAAAGCUACUACAGCUGGUGUGAUACGAGCUUUUGUGAGAGCUGGGCAAGCAGCUCCAGGACCACCACUUGGACCCACCUUGGGGCAGGUAGAAAAAAAAAAAAAAUUGCCUUAUAAAUAAUUAUUACACACCUACUUGCACUAUGUCGUUUAAUUAGUGCAAAAACCAUUAUUAGUUUAGCAAAAUGUGUAGAGUAUCAUUUAAAUACUGAUCAUCAUAUGCAACACUGUCGUUUUGUACCAAUGAUUGCAUGGAAUAAUAAAACUCUGUAGUACAGUAGUUCCAAUGAUAAGAUCAGAUCUCAUAGAGUAGAAUGAGAGGCUCCUGGUUGUGCCUUUUCCUGGUUGGCAGAUUCAUAUUUAUCUGCUGUUGCUGCUUGACUGUGAAGUGCAGCAGCUACAAGAACAUUAACAUUGAGGAUCUUUGGCUAGAUAGACCACUACAGUUGAAGAUGUGGACAAUUAAAAUAUUCGCUUUGAUAUACAGUGGAACCUCGGUUUACGAUUUUAAUGCGUUCUCUGUGACGUUUCUUAUUGUGAAUAAUGUGUACACCAAAAUGCAGUUUCCUAUAGGAAUGCAUUGGAAACCAAUUAAUCCAUUCUGGAGUUCAGAAAAAAGUCAAAAUGAGCUGGCAUGGAAACCAACCCACAAUGCAGAACACACAAUAAAAGGCAUGUAAACGACAAAGCUCAGCUCCCUACCUUUCCACAGCUUGAGAAGUGCACCAAAAAGUCCCAAAACAACUGCAAACAAUUUCCAGAAUGGCUCCAAAACUCAAUGCAAAAGCCACUCCAACACCUCCACACUCGACGCCACGUGCUACCCACAAGCUCCAGCAUGCAGGGGGCGGUGCUGUAAACCUCCCAGGUGCAAUGCUUCCUGGGAAAACUUGCUUUGUAUUGCAAAAAAAAUUUGUAACCCAAGGCAUUAUUUUCAAUGGAUUUUCAUUUGUAAACCGAAAAUUAUGUUAACCGAGGCGUUUGUAAACCGAGGUCCCACUGUAUAUCAAUGCCUUCACCAUAAAAAAAGUCAACAACUAUGGUUGUUUUAAAUGUAGAGUAGCAACUAGGAUCGUUGGAAGAGUGAAAUCUAGUGUUAACCCUUCACUUUCUAGCACUUCUGAUAGAGUUUAUGCACUAUAAAGUAGCAACCAAGAUCACUGUUGGUAGUUGGACUUGUAUUAACCCUUCUAUUGCUACUUAGAAAAUAAAGCGUGGUAGAGAUAAAGUUGCAGCCAGGAUCGCUGUUUAUAUAGAUGAAAUGUUAACCCUUAGUUUGAUGUCUCUUAAAAUUCAAGUGUAUAGAGUUACACGUAGCAAGCACAAUCAUUAUUGUUUGUUCAGUUUAAUAAAGAACACUUAUUUUGCUACUAUCGUGAAUUAUUAAAUCCGAUAGAGCUCCAGUGCCAGUAGCUGGAGCUGCUAUACUGUUCUAGGAGGCUCAUUGCUUGGCUGUCGAGCCUCUUAACUGAACUAAAUUGAGAGUGUCGCGGUAGGCUUGUAAUGCACUAUUUUUUUUUAUGUUAAUUGUGUGCAAAUUUUAUGGACUCAUCACCUGUCUCAGAACGAGAUCUAUAUUUCUGUAACGAUGUACGUUACGUGUUGGUAACUGUAUAGGUAGCAGUUAAGUCUUUGAUACAGUUAUGACGGUACAGAUUGUAUCGAUGUGGGAAAAUAGUAUCACUAGCAAUAUAGAGUGGAGGUUAAUGGCAAGCUGCCGUAGCUGAUAAUAAGGAGGGUUUCUAGCAUAGAUAAACACACAUAGUACUAGUCCCUAUUCUGUGCCUUCGAGGGCACCCCUAAAUCAAAAUCCUAAUAACUUCUAUGCCUAAAAUAAACCUAUUGCCCACCUGCUGUUAGGUUGUGUUAAUAAACAGUUGUAAUAAGUUUAGACUGAGGAUAACGUGGAUCAAUAGUAAUCAGACUUUGGUAGGGUGCACAGAAUCCACGUUAUCCUCUGACUAAACUUAGAUUUUCUCAACUUAUUACAACUGUUUAUUAACUCAACCUAACAGCGGGUGGGCAGUAGGUUUAUGUAAGUUAUUAGGCUUUUGAAUAAGUGGUGCCCUCGAAGGGAGACAAAGUGCUGGGGAAGGGAGUGACAAUAUGUUGGGAGGGUAGAGAAACGCAGAGGAGUUAGGGGAAGGGGAGAAAGAAAUGCACAGGGGCUGGAGAAGGGGAAAAAAAUCACAAAGGGGCUGAAGGGGUGUAAAAGACACACAUGGGGGAAGUAAGAGACCUAAAAGGAGUUAAGAAAUUUAAAAGAGACACACCGGUGAAGAUGCAUGGGGGCCCUGCUUACCUUUUUAACAAGAUUGUUAAUGUACAAGGUGCUUCACUGGCUAAGAACCUUUUUGGCAGAACUCUUUAAUACUUAGAGGGUCAGUCUAGUUACCAUAACCACUACAGCCUAUUGUGAUAGAUACAUUGUUCGAUAUCCACUGGCGCCAUCCCAUGCUAAAUAGUCGCUUGACACUAACCUAGGUUCUGUGGGUAUACCUUGUGCGGCCCUCUUUUUUUUUGAAAUUUAUAAUGCGGAAGUUGCGUUUCUGCAAUAGGACAAAAUUUUAUUUCUAUUUAAACAAAACAUAACAUUCAUUGUUGGAGAGAUUCAAUGGAUAGUUUAAUCUAUUGAGUCCUGUCGAAAUAAAGACAGUCUUCAGGUUGCUAGUUUUGAAUUGGGAAUGUCCACAUUAGCAAUAUCAGAAAAGGAAGCUGUUGUGGAGGUGCUUGGAGAAUUCAGGUGACUAUCAAACAAUUGGGAAAUGGUUUGACUGCGAAACAGCGCCAGCUAGCUUCUAGAACCAUAACUACCACAGCAGGUAGAGUAGGUAUGAAGCUAUUGAAAGCUGUUUUUAGGUAUACACCUAGAGAAAAAAUUAGUAAUUAAAUGCAAGUGUAUUUUUAUUGAAUGUGUAUAUAUGGUGAUAUUUUUUUCCUUUUUUACACUGUAGUGUUCCUUUAAUCCUUCUCAUGUGGGUAAUAGAGGUUGUGGUGCAUAUCUUUAAAUUUUAAUAAACCUUUUAAAAAAAAAAAUAAAAAAAUACUAUUCUAUGGUUUUGUUUUCUUUCUUCUUCACUUUAGCGAGGUAUCCCAAUCGGGCAGUUUUGCAAGGAGUUCAAUGAGAAGACAAAAGACAUUAAAGAAGGCAUUCCUCUUCCAGUUAAGAUUUUUGUUAAGGUAAGUUUCUGCACGAUCGAUUUAUCCUCCUUCACUUCACUAGUGUAUCAGUACCAAAUAUUGCUUUUGGUAAAUCAUUUGAUAAUCGCUUUAAUGCGAACAAAGUUUGUUGUUUUUCCAGAUAAAAAGCAGUGUUUACAUUACAACCUACUGAUAACUUUACUGGUCAUUCCUCAGAUAGCUGUUAGAGAUCCUUCCUGGGUCAUGGCUGCCUAACAUGCAUCCAAACAUUCAGUAUCUCCUCCCUCUGCAUUCAGACACUGAACUUUCCUCAUAGAGAUUCAUUGAUUCAGUUCAUCUCUGUGUGUAGAUGCAGAUUGGCCAGGGCUGUGUUUGAAUCAUGCUGGCUCUGCCUCCUUGUCUGUCUCAGCCAAUCCUAUGGGGAAGCACUGUGAUUUGAUCAGACUACCACUUCUGAUGAUGUCAGCAGACUGCUCGUUUUUCUGAGGCAAACAGCAUGCAGAGUUACAGCUUCAGGCUUGAAUACAGUAGGAUUUUGCUAUAUUUAUGGAGGCAUGAGGGGCCCAGGGGGGCUAGAUGGUGGUUUUAACACUGUAGGGUAAGGAAUACAUGUUUGUUUUCCUGACCCUAUUGUGAUCCUUUAAUUUGAUUUUAUACACUUACACCCGAGCUGUCCUUAGUAUCCGUGUAGUCUCAGUUUCUGUACUGGGGGAUAAUGGGAGGGUUGAGUGGGCUAUGUGCCCUGCUGGUCCAUUAAGAGGGUGGGGGGGGGUCAGAGGGGAGGUUGGUAAUUAAGUGGUCGAGUGACAAGGCUCUUAGGUAAUUACUCGUAUAAGUUUGAUACUCAAAUAGGUUUCAUAAUAUGUGACAUUUCCUUGUCCUGUGCUCGAAAGUAAUGUCAGUGCUACACCAGGCUCUCAGUAGUAUGUGUGCUAUGUUUAUAUAAUGCAAGUACUAGAAAGCUGGAUACUGUUUAUUACAACAUUAAUUGAUGCUGUAGGGGUCCUGCGUGUUCGCUUAACUACGCUUCCAGUUCUGGUCAUGUGAAUGCUCACUUUACUUUUUCUUUUACUUUCUUCUUUUCGUUUCUGUAUUGUGUUAUGAAAAUUCAAAUAAAAUACAAACGGGAAGAAAAGCGAUAUUGAGGAAAUAAUCCAGAUCCCCAAGAGAGAAUUUACGGCUAGUGGAUAUUUCCAAUGGUGCAGUCAAUCUCCUAAAUAGAGGGAAUAACCCUUGAAUAUAUGUUUAAAAGUUAUAUUUAUAAGGACUCACAAUAUAUGAGAGUCCUGGGUAGAAGAGCGACUACAGUAAUAGGAAAGGAAAAACUACCUUUAUUAAGGAAUGAUAGGACAAGAGAAGAGGGAAAAAAGCACUAAAGUGUUGCCAUAAGGGGGAGAGACAAGAUACUGCUCGGGGGUCCCACGAUUGAGACACAUUAAGUUUUAAAAGACUAACACAGUACAGGAACCACAAUGUUGCACAUUAAUGAAAAAAAUUAAACAUGGAGCAGAAAGAAAGCAGGUAUAGCAAGAGGUGUAGGGGUAAAGAUGAGGAUAGGGGGGACCAAAGCCCCACUAACAUAAACUUGACCUCAAUAAGUCUUUCCCUAUAAUACCUCAGCACCGUGGGCUAACCACUAGUGCUUGCCUAAACCACUCUCCCUGCCAGGGUCUUUAGUCAAAAAGUUAAAUCAUAAAUGAAAAUUAUCGUGCAUAUAAAUAAAGUGCUACCAAGUUUAGUGAAAAAAAAAACAUGCAGAUUCGGUGUGUCAGCACGCCAUCAUCAGGAGCGAUGUUUGAAAGCCAGCUAGACUCCCAGUAAAUAUACCGCUGCUAAUCCGUAUGAGAUAGCUUACAGCUGUUCCUGUGUGAGGCGUUUCCUGAGUAGGGUGUGUGUCCUCAUGCCCAUCUUAUACUCUAUUGGUUGCCUCUAGAUCUGUUUGGUGUGCAAUCUCAGGGUGUGUGUCGAUAGUCCAACACGCCUUCUAAGCAUCCACAUUGGUCCUAGCCCACGUGGGCCGAUAUUCUGCAUCAGUGGGCCGUUUGAAGGGGUGUGUUGGUCCCUGCCCUCCUAGAGUUUUUUGCUCCGAGGUGUAAAGUAAAUACCUCUGGCUUAAACCGGGAGGCAUGUAAACCUAUCCUCGCAUCCUUCAUGUGAUAUCUCUAUAAGUCCACUUAUUUAGGCAUUAAGGGCAUGUAAAUCGGCCCUCAUAUUAUGUGGAUAGAUAUUAGAGAUGGUCAAAAGUCCGCAGUUGAUCAGAAUGGAAAUGAGGACUACAGGGGGAAAAGGUGCUUUCUCUCUUCUCCUCUCUGUUUCUCCUUUCUAUAGUAAACAGAUUGGGCCAUAAGCUGGUGCAUUUGAAACAAUAGGGUAAGUAUUGGUUCCUAAAUAGAGGGCAACAAAUCCCGGUCCCCAUGUAAACGUGGGUCAAAUCACUAUGUAUCAGGGGUAGUGCGCAUUGUCACCGUGGGUUUGUUAUGCCCUGCAUAUUCCAUAUGAAAUGCCUUGCCUUAGGGUAACCAUUUACAUAUUAGUGGAUGUUCAAAAUGUCUUAGACGUAAAGAAGCAAUGGUUAGCCAGAUCAAAUAAUAAUACACACAUCUAUUUAGAUAUGUUACAAGUAUUCAGAAAGUCCUGAAACGUAGACUAUAUGAUAACGAUUUCGUAGGGUAAAAUCCCUCCGGGAUGUUAUAAUCUGUCGAGAGUUCUACAAAAGCUAAGAAACAAUCCUUCAUUUAGUCCCUGUGGAGAAAGAGGUUUAAGUUUGUAUAUCCAAUAGGAUUCUCUUUGUCUUGGCCUACAGUCCCAAUCGCCCUUACGUUAAGUUUGUGGAAUCCGUUUAAUAUCCAUUAACCUAAUUCUGCUUGAGGAAUUGGCAUGGUGUGCUUUCAGAUGGCGUGUGAUGGGUGUCUCCAAAGGUCUUCUUACUGAGUUGACAUGUUCCCUAAUCCUGAAUUUAAAGGGACAAAAGGUUUUACAGACGUAUUUUAUCCCACAGGAGCAUGUCAGUAGAUAGAUUACUCACUCAGUACGACAAUUAAAAAGGAACCGAACAGGAAAUGUCUCCUCCUCCCCACUGUCUGAAAAUUUUCUGGUUUCCCUUGUAAUGUAAGUGCAAGCACUACAAUGGCCGCAUUUAUAAGUGUCCCUUGGUAGAUAUUGCUUUAACCCCUUAAGGACACAUGACGUUUGACAUGUCAUGAUUCCCUUUUAUUCCAGAAGUUUGGUCCUUAAGGGGUUAAAGGUUUACUCAAAGGUACAAAGUGGCUCGGUACCAGUGUGUUUCUUAAAUUCCUACCUAACUUGCUGUUACAGAGGGGAAUGGUGUAAUAACAUUGUGACAAAAGCACCUUCGUCAACGGAAUUUGGAGAGGCCUGCUUGCCAGCCUUCUGCCCUGUGACUAAAGCCCUUGGGGCCCCUAUAUAGCCCUUUAAGAACACUAUUUGGGCAUAUUGGGACUUGGCACAAUGCCCCUUUAAACUUUCUAAGUGGAACUUCGAACUGCCAGACCACACACAAGUGGAGUGUGCAGCUCAUUUACCUCCCAGGAGCUGUGGUUAACCGCAGCCAGAUUGACGAACGACUGGGUGGCCGCCGUUCGUAUAGUCGAACGCAUUCAGCGGUGUUUGUUCAUCGAGUUCACGGAACUCAAAUCAGACACGCGAUGGCACAGACACCGCUGAACUUUACCUUCUCCGGAGCUUCGACGGGAGUUGAACGAUGUUCGACAGUUCGAACACCACUUUAACAUGGGCUAUUUGCAUGAACAGGGGCCGUUCGUGCAUUCAAACGGAACGUAGACAUUGAAAAUAGACCGACCCUGAUAGCUAAAAGCCAUGGACCUAAUUAUGGACCGAUUUCUGCCGAACGGUCGGUGAAAACACUUUAACCCCAUGGCAAUUCGACUAUGUUCGUGGGAUCUGAGCGCUGUUCGGAUAUAUUGAGCGCUCAGAUCCAAGCUAUCUGAGGAUAUGUCAAAUGUGGGGGUUCAGUUCUGUGAAAUAUAAGUUAUGUAUUUUGUUGCAGUUGUAACUUGAGAUAUUUUCUGUACCUGGAGAUAAUUAAGUUUACUACGGCCACUUAAGUCAAUUAUCUCCAGGAUAGAGGGAAGGGAGUUUACUGUUUCUGUGGGAGUGUUUCACAUUGUAUUAUAUUUUAAAGUGGCACUGUGAUACCGAACUUACCUUUCCUCAAUCUCUUCCUCUUCUCCCCCUCUCUCAGGAUCUGUUCUUCUUUUCUUCCAGUCUUCUUUAGUUUUCUUUAAAAUCAUAAGACAAAGUAGGGACUCUUUGCCUUAUGGAGGAUUCCUCCGCUUGACCAGCUCUGACCAGCAGAGGAGCAAAGUGUGCUUCAUUUCCGCUGGUCAGAGCAAUUUUCCCAUGAUUCUUAGCUUUCUUCUGUGAUCGCGCAAUGCUUCCUGUCAUUUUACACAAAACUGCCGAAUUGCGUUCUAACUGAAUGAGAACAGUAUGUUCGUUUGUUUUAGAAUGCAAUUCGCCACUUUGUUCAUAUCGGAAUUUCAUUUAAUGAAUGAAACUCCGAUCCUAUUAGUGGUGUGGCUGCAUCUUGCAGCCGCUUAGUAGAUAACUCCCUAAUUCCCACGGUAUCAGGGAGUUACCUACUAAAAGGCUGAAAGACCUAAAUUGGUCUUUCAGCCACAUUUACUAAUACAAAGUAAAAAUUACUUUGUAUUAGUAAAUAAUAUACCGCAAGUAGGGGCAUGUCUAGUAAGCAGUGAGCAGCCUGUGGCAGUUGGUGGGGGCCCUAAAUAAAGAUAGGGGGGUGGGGCCUACUGUCCUCCCCUCCGGCCCCCACCCCUGAGUGGCAGGUGGGGCCCCUAAAUAAAGAUAGGGGGAGUGUUAGUUUGUUCGUCUGACAUUUCUAUUCAUUCAUUCAUUCAUUCAUCUGUCUGGUUGAUGAAUGAAUGAAUGAAUAGAUGAAAUUCCCGUUCGCAUGUCCAGGUGUUUCACUGGGCAUGUGCGGGAAUCUCACAGUCUAUCUAGUGUGGGCAGAUGACGUGUCCCACAGGGACUCAUCCACCCACACAAAGAUGGCUGCGCCCUGAAUAAAGAUCGUGGCAGAAAAUAAGGAAUAAAAAAAUAGGUAAUGUGGGGGGCUUAGGGGCAUUUGGGGGUGACUAGGGUGUCAGUUAGAGAUAGUGGAGGGGGGUUAAACAAAAAAACAGGAUUCGGCAUGACAGUGCCGCUUUAAUUGUAUUCCAGUCCUCCACAAGGUCUCUGUGGGAGUAUCCCUUGCUGGAGGACCUGCAUAAAAGGCCAAGCUAUGGCCACUAUUAAACAGAUCAUCUUGUACCUUCAUGAAGUUUCGGCUCAUGUUUGGGGGAUUGGAGAACUACACUCUGGAGAUUGCUAUAAUCACUAUACUCCCCAGGGUAUAAUCACUAAGCUCUGGUAAGAGCUUGUUCCUGUUCCUGCUCUCUGGAUUUAAGAGAGGUUUACCUACUGGAAGCUGGACCCUGGUCUUGGGUCCAGAGUGGGUGGAAGACGGCGAGAACCCAACCAAGCUGCGGUGGUUAUGGUUUCUUGUGUCUGGUGGAGUGCUUGGAGUCCUCGGGAAGCACUAAGAGCAUCCGUCAAAGGAAGGUACCCAGUCGGGGUGCCAGGCAUUCCGUUACAGACAUGUUUUAUGUGAGGAUCAGAGGUAAGAAUCAACCAAUCAUAUUUGGCCAGCCAGUCGCGUACGUCGCUAUACAACAUAUUGGAUUGGCUCGGGGGCUGAGAUGUGGUCUGUGAGAAAAGAAUCCCCAUCCACACUGAUUUCUCUAAGAUAGGCUCUCCUCAAGACUCUAUUGGGAUAACCCUUCUCUUUGAAGGAUUUCCAGAGGUCCCAUGCCUUGACUUUGAAGUCCCCUAUAGAGAUACCAGCCUACCAACCAUGGUAACUGGUCCAAUUCAGCAAGCCGUUAGGCUGUCUUUUUGCGAUGCAGCAUGGUAACAAUCUUGCCCUCACGCUGUAUAGAAAUCGCUAGGUCCAAUAAAUUGAAGUUUUUACCCCCAAUCUCACUUGUGAAUUUCAAAUUAUAAUCAUUAACGUUUAGGAGUUUAAUAAAUUCUUCAGAGUCUCCACUAAACCCUAGCCCUAUAACGAAGAUAUCAUCAAUCUAUCUUUUCCAAAAGUAUACCUGCUCAAAAUAGGUUUGUAGAGAGGGAUCUUUCAUGAUGUGGUUCUCCCAUGUUCCAAAAUAUAAGUUCGCAUAGGAGAGGGCACACGAUGUCCCCAUGGCAUUGCCCCUAAUCUUUUGAUAGUACCAUUGAACAAAUUUUAAUUUUUUUUUUUUUUUUUACUGGGAGUCUAGCUGGCUUUCAAACAUUGCUCCUGACGACGGCGUGCCAACACGCCAAGGUGCACAUCUCCCCCCCUUGUGACAACACUUGAGUCCUUUUUUUCUCUUGUCCUAUCAUUCCUUAGAAUUAAUAAAGGUAGGGUUUCCUUUCCUAUUACUUUAGUCUCUCUCCUGCCCAGGACUCCCUAUUGAGAGUCUUUAUACAAAUAAAGUACAAGUUAAAAAAAUUGUCUCGGCACCAAGUUUUCAGCAGUAGCAACAUUAAAUGUAAAAAAUGAAAGAAAUGUAUUUGGAUGUUAUCUAGAGACUGAAAAUGAAGUGCCUGUGUCAGCUAUUUGAAAACCUGCUUUGAGCCCAAUUUUGAGUCCUCCUUGUCUAUAAGAACCAUGGUUUUAGUAUAAGUUUUUAAUUGUGGAACAUACUCAUUUUUUUAGUCGACUUGAACUUUGCUUAAAUAGCAUAAAAGAAAUCAUAUGAAAUAAAUAGUAUUUUUCCAUUCUUGUAACUUUAUGUUUUUCACUUUUACAGCCAGAUAGGAGUUAUGAAAUGAAGAUUGGUCAGCCACCGGUGUCAUAUUUUCUAAAAUCUGCUGCUGGGAUAGAAAAAGGAGCAUCCCAGACAGGUGAGAAGGGAAUCUGAGAAAAUGGGAAUUUUUAUGUUAAAGCAGUUUUUUUUUUGUCCUUUUCAGUGAGGUGCAUAUGUACACUAGCUGUUAGUAAUUUUCUGUGCGUAUGUUGCAAGGCACUUGUAUGUGUGUUCGGUAUUUCUUACAGUGGUUUGCAAUACAUUCAUGUGUACUCAUCAUGAUACACGUCACGUUUUAUAGGAAAGUCCAUAUAAUGGCACCUAUUCAUUUUACUACUAGAAUUGCUAGUAAAUACAUAUUAUUAAAGAAGCCUAAAUGAGAAAAUAUUACCUUCCCUAACCGUUCAAUCAGUACACUAUAGACUGUAAGCUCGUUUGAGCAGGGUCCUCUUCAACCUAUCGUUCCUGUAAAUUGUCUUGUAAUUGUCCUAUUUAUAGUUACAUCCCCCCUCUCAUAAUAUUGUAAAGCGCUACGGAAUCUGUUGGCGAUAUAUAAAUGGCAACAAUAAUAAUAAUACUCUAUCUGAGUCAAUUUUGGGAUUUAUGGAUUACAUUCUGGACUGCUAUGGAAAACAGGAAUUAACUGAAAGGGAAGAGCAUGAGAACCGUUUCACAGGGGGUUUUCCUGCUUUACAGGAACAGCAAUGUAUAAAACAUUUUUUUUUUUCAGAAUAUGACUUUCGUUUGAUAUGCACUUUGUAUACAUAUCAACAUUUAAAUAUGAAUAUAAUAUUUUUUUUAAUUGGCGGGCGGGAGACAAAAAUAUUUUUCUCCUUUUUGAAUUUAAUAAUUUCUGCACAAGUGCAACAAAAAAAAAAAAAAAAACUUAGAUUCACUAAUUAGUCCUGUGUGCCUUGGAUUGCAAUAAUUGUUCUGUAGUUACUGAACAAGUUUUGAGUUAACUCUAAACCUUCUCAAAAUUUGGCAUGCUGAGAUUAUAACUCUUAAUAGUCAUAAAAUGAAUAACGACUACAUAAAAGUAGGUCUGCCUCCCAGCAUUUUGACACUUUUCUUUUAAUUAUUUUAUCACCAACCACAUGUUUGAGGGACUUGUAGCGUCAAAUAACAGACAUGCCCUAGCAUGCAUCUUUGCUGACAUAGUUAGGAUACUGUAUUACCAUACUGAGCAGAGUCAAGCAUUGCCUUGCCACUAUUUGUAAACCUAACCUUAAUUUUAACAGUAACUGUACCUCUUCCUUAGAGGGAUAACCUCUGCUGAUGGUAGUACUGACAUCAGCAGAGGGAUUUUCCAGAUUGCACAGGGCAGAACGAUUUGUGCUGUGUGAUGCAGAAGGAGAGAGAGAGCCUUUGCAUGCUGUCCAUUUCGAUCACACUGGUGCUAGGUAGAAGGCACAACCAAUAACUUUGGCAGGGGAGCGUACAUGUAGACCCAUCAGGUCUUUUUAGAACCCAGGGAUUUCACUCUUUUCCCUAGAAGCAGAAAAAAUGGAUACCAAGCUAAUCACAUAUGCUGAACAGCUGCAGGGACUUAAAGGGCUGUGUGCAGCUGUCGCUUGAAGCACUGAACACAGCUCAUCUGUCAGUCUGGGGCACAGGUACAGAAUGAUACCUGGUGCUUCAUAGUACCAGCAGGGAUCUAGCCCUGGUGAUACCUUAAAUGUAUGUAACGAUCUAUGCCAUUAUCAGGCAGUAAAAGCUCUGCAUUGCAUAACGGCAUAGACCAUCAUGCAGACGUUAAGGGUUUAAAUUAGGUUUUAACAAACCGUUAAACAUCAGCACAGCUUAUGUAAGGAUUAUUUCACAAAUCUAUAACGUUUUGGUUUCUUCUCUUGUGCCAUUAGGUCAUGAGGUGGCAGGAAUGGUGACCCUGAAACAGCUAUAUGAGAUAGCUUUGGUGAAGUCAAAAGAUGAGUGUUUUGUGCUGCGGGAUUUGCCUUUGAAAGAAGUAGUGAAAUGCAUUCUGGGAAGUGCCAAAUCACUGGGCAUCAAAGUGGUUAAAGAGUAAGUGUGUAUUUUUGUGUUAUGGAGUAUUUUUGUUUUUUUGUUAUUGAGCUAAGUUUGGAUGGAACCAGCUUGCUGAGGUGCUUUAUGCAUAAAGUGUGUCCCAUCCAUUCUUUCAUAAAGGGUUACCAAUCUUUUUAUACAAUUUUUUUUUUUUUUUAUUCUUUACAAUGCUUUACGGGCAUUACGAUUGGGUCACCCUUCUCCCACAGAACCUGUAGCAAGUAUUUACGUGGAAUCCAGGUCAAUGCUCCUGGCUCUAGGUAAAUUUUAUCUUCAACCUCUGCUUUCCCCACUAGCAACCUUCCUAAGCACUGUACACCAGGUAUAGAGGGUUGUCCAUCUCAACUGAAGAAGCACCAAUAUAUAAUAGUACCCUGAAACUUCUCCUGUUUCAUUUUCUCUUUCUUUUUCAGAAUCUGUACUUUUCUUAGGUACUAUUUUGUCUUUUAUGUAUUUUUCCUGAUAUUGAUAAAGGGUGGAGCUAAAACCCUUGCCCUUAGCUCCACCUUUUGUGAAGAUUGUCAAGCAUAGGAAAAUUACAUUACAUUACAAUUAGACAAAGUAGUCAGAAAUAGAUCAGAAAAUAAGAACUGAUUCUGGAAGCGGAAGAGAAAAGGAAACAAUAUGAGACACUAAGGCACCCGCUGUAGUGGUUAUGAUGCCAGUAGUACCUUGGUGGUGUUCUCUUUUAAAGGUGGGAACUGUUUACCCUCCUACCUGGGACCCACUAGGCUCCAAGCCACCUUUGAAUGUCCGCUAACCAGCACCUGACACCUGCAGGAGCCGAAUGCCAAUCCAUCUAAUAAUGCAUUGACUUGGCUUUCUCAGCCAAUGAAAGCUAUGCACAGAAUUAACAUUAGCCAGCACAGAAGUAUCUGGGCUGGCUAAUGAUUCUAACUGAGGUGGUGUCCCACUUCUGGCAGCUAGCCUAAACAGCACUGUAUGUGAAGUGUUUUAUACUGAAACGUUGCAUAUACAGGCUUCUUGCACCUUGACUUCUUAAAAUCAUUGACGUGGUUAUGGUGCUUGGAGUAACCCUUUAAUUCUAGCUGUCUAGGGUUCAUAAGCUCAGGACAUGCUUCAAUCUGAAGUUGUAGGGGUUAACCAAAAGUCACACAUUGGUAUUAAUUAAUGUAAUAAUACAAGGAAGUGACUAAUGUUUGAACAAUGAGCUUCUCACGAAGUGGCCUUGAAUACAUUUUGAGCAAAUUUUCAAGUAAUAAUUUAACAAACAGUGACUGAUGACUUGAACAAUGGCUGUAUCACGUAGUGGUCUUAAAUCUGGGUCAAGCUAUAAUAGCCAUAAAAGUUUGUGUCAUUUUAUUGAUAUCUGGCUAAUUUUGACAAUAGCAAAGUGUAGCCCCAUUGUAUUCUGCUAUAUAGUUCUUAAGAGGGGCAAGUACAAUAAUUGCUGUUUAAAACAUCAAUUUAUAAUACACUAAUGAGUCAACAGAGCUCAAAAAUGUAAAACUAAAAUAAGACCUUUCAUUUUGAGAGAGGGAAAGAGAGAGAAACACCCUCAUAGUUUAGAUUCAUAAAGAAUAUACACUUUUUAUGCUUUUUACUAUUGCAUAAAAUGGUUCAGCGGUUACAGUCCUGACAUUAAAAUUUUUUAUAUUCUAAUAAACAAGUAUCUGGCUUUUCUAGAAGGUCACACUAACCAGGCUCUUAUGAGUGACUGUCACACUCAUGCCAGACUUAAAUGGUCAUAGAGGAGGGCCUGAUCAAAUAUAACAGAAUUUUUCCAGCAAGUCUACUUGCUGUCUCUUGGAUUAAAGCAGCUCUUUCACUUCAUAAGUAUUGAUAAGUAAGAUAAUAUUUUUUGGGAAAUACUUAACUGUCAGACAAACAAUGUGAGUAUUUCACAAAAGAUGUCAUAAGACAAAGUAGGGACUUGUGGGACCAAGUGGAGGUUAGCAAAAGGCGAAGCAUCGGCCAUCACCUUUUGUCAUAGCUAGCAAUAGUUCUGAGAAAGAGGCAUCUUCUUAUGCAGUGCGUAAGUUUGAUCUCUGGAGGAUCCAGCAAUCCUGACUAGAGACCUCUUGCUUGUGCAUGAGAGUAUAGCAGUGACAUACUCCUGGUGGAUUAAGCGCUAGGAGCCGAAGAAAGAACAAGGUGGCACCUACGAGAGAGCUUCAGGUUAGUAUAUCUGCAUUUAACUUAAUUUUCCUGGCCUCCACACAAAAAGCAGAAAUGUGUCUUUGCAAAGUGAAAUAAGACAAACAUGCAGAAUUAGGGUAAAUACAAAAUGUGUUUAAAAUUUACUUAUUUUUAAAUCCGAUUUCAAAGUGCCCUGGUCUGCUGUAAAACUUCUGUGCCUGGGGUCCAUGCUCCACAUUUAAUUCAUUUUCUGUUUUUUGUUUUGUAAGAGGGGUUGUGUUUUAGUGAGCAAAAACAUCUACAGAUGCAUCAGUCUUUUCCUAUGUUUCUCUCUAGUUUAUCGGCAGAGGAAUACGGAAAAUUCUUAGAAGAGCGGCGCCUUGUUCUUCAAGCGGCAGCUGAAGCUCAACUUGCAGAAGCAGCAGUCACUAUGAAAAAGAAAUAAUUCCAAAAUGACAUGACUUUGAACUUUAUUGCAUUUCCCAAGGACACAAAGGGCUCUUUCCUUAUUUGAGGCAAAUUACUUUAGGUAUAAAAAUGGAACUGGCAAUUGGAAAUGUGGACUUGUGUUCCAGAGACCGCUUAGAAUGGAGAAUAUGUUAGUGUUUUCUGUUCCAAUAAAUAAAAGCUGCCAGCCAGCUGAUGCCUUUUUCUAAUUUUCAGAAUGAUUUCCUUCUUAAAGUGUUGGUGAGAAGACUAGGUUGGAUGGAAUGCAGGGUAAGACGUCAUUCUGGAGUCUGUUCUACCCCUACAAUCUGACCUAAAGACUCUGGAAACAUCCCAACCGUAUUUACCAUUAGAGAUAAGGGGUUAAGACUAACUGAUGUAAUUUAAGCCAUUUGACCAAACUAUUAUGUGAUGUAUUUAAAAAAAAAAAAAUUUUUUUAACAAAAUACUAUACUAUCACUUUUAAGUUUUUUAUAAAGAUAGUUUUAUUUGAAAUUCCAAAGGAGUCAGAUGUACCAAACCGUACCGUAACACCUGGUUUAGGCAGGUGUUAAAAUUCUUUAAAGUAAAAAUAAAAAUGUUUAUUUGUAUCCAUUAACAAAAUAUGUCAAGUCAAAAGUGGUCUUCAUAGAAAACAUUCAGCCAAAAAGUCUGAUCUGGAAACAAGUCCACGUGUCUCAACUAUGCGUAUAGGAGGAAUAAAACCGAUUAGGACCAGUCAAACUCUAACACUGUGAGGCUUCUGACAGCGGUUAAAUGUCAAAAGUCAUACACCAUGGCAAGACUGAGCCCUGCAACAAGACAAAAGGUGCAUCUGCACAGAAUUGGUAGAAACCUGUGGGAGCCCGGUACACCCAUCUACUCUCUGGAGAACUCAAGUCAGAAGUGGUCUUCAUAGAAAACUUUAAGCCAAAACGUCUCACUUGGAAACAAGUUCACGUGCCUCAACUAUAAACGGAAAUGCAAGCAUUAGGGUUCAGAAAUUGUCAGCAGGAGCUCUGGACUGAUGAGUUAGUAGGUUAGUUAGUAUGAGUAUGUUUGGCUGUAUCACAAGGCAAUUUGUUCUCUGAAGGGCUGGACAGCGGUACAAGAAUGAGUAGUGAAGCAAAAACAAAGAAUAGGAGAACUCUGAGAAUGGACACAAGCUUAGAGAAACUCAGUAGCUUGCCCUGUGGUAAAUCCCCACUCAGAUCUCAAAAUAAUUUUUGCUCAAAUGUGCCAUUACAGAGAGAACCUAUCUGAAGCAUAUCCGACAGGUCUCACCCGUACGGGCAGUCCAGAACCAAAAUGCCAGCAAGUUCCCUCUGCACGUGAGCUAUAGCAACCCCAGACUAUCGUCUCAGCCUUCUUUGGGCCUUGUCAGUGAGGUGUAGCGGAUACCUCUCUAUGCACAGUGAGCACUGAGUCCACGUCUAGAUUAGCCUUUUAACUUUGGGGUGAGCCAAGUUAAUGCAUUGAAGCAAACACAAAGAAUAUGAGAACUCUGAGAGCGGACAAAAGCUUAGAGAAACUCAAUCUACACUCCUAUCUCAAAAUUAUUUUUGCUCGUUGCAGUGAACAGUGAAGCAUAGUAGAGGUUCCUUGCAAGUUUGGAAAUGCAGUAGGGGAUUUAGUCAUAUUUAGUGUUCUUAAUACUGAGAAUUACACUCUUGUUAAUGUGCACUUCACUCAACAUUUAAAUCUAGUUAAUCUCUGCAUAGUAUAAAUCUGAGCUCUCUUGAUCUGUGUCACUUUUUCUCUUCAGUCUUCACUUUCUCCUCUUUCAAGCUACCUCAUACUACAAUUAUGUCCUGUUUACCACUCUCGACGUGGCUGCACGCAUUUACCACUGUCAAGCAAACUCACCCGCUAUUUCCAACAAUAUUCCCAUACUGUAGAAUGUCCCACACCACACCUGACAUUAUAAAUUCAUUCUACGUUUUUGUACUCCCACUCUUUCCAUUGCCAAGAAAGAAUAUUUUACUAUUCUCCUCUCCACCUACUUUCAUGAUCGCAAACUCCUUUGUCAUACCUUUAACGGCCCACUGCAACCCUACCUCUAACUAUGGGACUACCUCUAAACUAUGUGAAUGUCACCAAAUUAGAAAUGCAGCCCCCCCCCCCCUUCCUCCUUCACUCUAAUACUCUGCUUUCAUUGUGUUUUCUCUAACAUUAUUAACUCCUUCCUCCCUGUCUAUGAACGAGAGGUCUCUAAACUUCUGUCCUCUUGCCCCAAAACAUGUUCUCUUGAUCACCCUUCCUUCUUUCCUUAUCCAAUCUAUUUACCUUAGUCUGGUUCCAUCCCUAAGUCCUAUUUUCAGCCUCUUUAUGUCUUCUGGCACAUCACUCUCUUUUAAAUAUGAAACUGUCAAUCCCAACCUCAAAAGAAAAAAAGGCCAUAUGUUGACCCUUCUUCUAACUACCUUUCUAUCUCGCUACUCCCCUUUACUUCUAAGCUUCUUAAAUGGCUUGUGUUUAUCCAUCUAACUCACUCACUCAAUAUUGACUCUCUACUCCCACUCCAGUCUACUGAAACUGCCCUUACCAAAUUCACUCAUUUUUUAAUCUCUGCUAAAUAUACAGGUCAUUACUCUAUAUUUAGCCUCCUCCACCUCAUACUGCAUUUGAUACUGUUUGCCAGUUGUGGAUGGUUUCAGCAUUGUGGAAGGUUUGAAUAAGAAUGUUCCUGUCCUCUUAUGGUUUCGUACUACCUUUUGGAAUGCUCAUUUAGUGUAUACUUCUCUGGGGACACCUCCUCUCCAUGCCUCUCUGUUGUCCAUUUCCAAUGCCUCUCUCUGUAACCUUAUUAACUCUUUGCAAUUUAAUACCAUCUUCCUACAGACGAUACUCAGAUUUAUCUCUUCCCUGCCGUCCUGAAAUGUGUCACACACUGUGCCUCACUUCCAUCUGUAAAGGAUGACUUUUAAAAAAAAAAAAUGUAAAUAAAACUCUAU